AUGGCCAGGCCAAAUCUAUCACUCCGUACGCGUCUGUAUGCUACGUUGGCUAAUCAAUAUAACUACGUAUUAUCAUCAUCUUGCCUUGAUCAGGAAACAACAGGCAUCGGCAAGAGUGGACGUUGGGACGACCGUACUCUCCGGCGGUUCAGGAGUAGUAUGGAACUGAUGAGUAUAGCUACCGAUGCAAAGGGUGCUCCCGAAAGGGCCUCAUGUGAACCAUAUUCGUGUGCUAGAUGCAGGAAACUCAAGAAAAGGUGCUCAAAGGAAGCACCAGUUUGUGUCAAUUGUCUUAAGGCUGGUGAGCGAUGUGUAUAUCCUGGAAGAGCGCCAAGAAGAAGUAAACGGGAACUAGAAAUGGAGCGAAACAGAGCGACUUCGGUUUCCAGCGGCGAGCUGGUAACUAAGCGUAGUAGAGUCAGUUACGACCAACAGUCUCUGGCUACACCUAAGGACGAGUUGGUGCGAAGCUCCAGCUAUGCAGAAGCACUUCCAGAAAGCACAGCGGAGAGCGGACCGCCUUCGCGACCCCCUUCUGUUCUCAGCAUGCUGCAUAGCGCUGUAGAACCUGCCGCUACGCUUGCCGGAGACUCGCCUCCAAAACAAUUCCACCAGGACGGGCUUCUUUUGCACGAAAUGCAUCAAAAAGAAUCCGUUCCCAUAAGAGCAUCGUCAUUGCAGAUAGAGAAUGUCGCGGCGGUUUUCAAAGGUGGCAGGCAUUCGAGCGUUGUGCAAUCAGAUGGCACUACCAAACAUUUCGAGAGGCCACUGUACGACAGGUUUAUUGCAGCAUAUUUCAAGCACAAUCAUAGAUCAUAUCCUGUUCUCAACAAGAUUGAAUUUUUGAAUAGGGUUUCCAAAAUCAGGGAUUUUGACGAAAUGGAGGGGAACUUUGAAGACACAUUUAUAUUUGAGGUAUACAUGGUCAUGGCCAUUGGAUGCACGACUUUGCAAAGAGCGGGCAUUUUGCACAAUGACGAACAGGACCUGAGUGAACAUUUCUCCUACCUCGCGAUGAAGAAGUUUUGUCCAGUCAUGCACUUGCAAAACGUAGAAACAAUUACUUGCCUUUUGCUGCUGGGUAUAUAUUCAUUUUUUGAGCCACAAGGCGUUUCGUCCUGGACAAUAAGUGGUAUAGUGAUGAGACUAACUAUCGGACUGGGCCUGCAUCGUGCUCUCACCACUAGGAAAAUUCAAUAUAUGUCAUUGAUCGAUGUGGAGAUGAGAUAUAGAGCCUUCUGGAGCUUCUACAGUUUUGAACGCUUAGUUUCAACAUCUUUGGGGCGAAUAUCCGCGAUCGACGACGAUGACAUAAGUGUCCCGCUGCCCCACGCUUUGUUUGCGGAGGAAGCUGAGGACAUAGAAGUAACCAAGAUGAUGAUUGCUCUCCGAAGAAUUGGCGGGAUCAUUUACAAAAGAGUGCAUAGCGUCGCGGCUGGCAAACAGAAGCUGUCGGCCAGUGGGAAACAAGAGGUCAUUGACGAUUUGAGAAACCAGAUCGACGCCUUAUAUGAAAAAGAACGAGCGAAAAUAAGGGAGGCCAACACACUCCCAUCAAACAGCAAAGGAAACUCAUGCAUAUCUUUCCAUACCUCGGAUAUUUGGCUAGCGAUGCGAUAUGCUCAGCUACAAAUCAUGUUAUACCGACCCUCUGCUCUGAUCCCCAAACCUCCGAUUGAAUCGCUUUCGAUUUUGGGCGACUUCUGCCUUCAGGCUCUAAAACAUACUUAUUCACUGUACAAGAAGAAGCUGCAACCAUUGAACUGGAUAACGCUGCUGAGAACCUUGACAAUUUGCAAUACUAUGCUUUAUUGUCUAUGUCAGUGGAGUAUUGAUCUCAUUGAAUGCAAAAUUGAGAUUCAACAGUGUGUUGAAAUCUUACAACAUUUCGGUGAGAAAUGGGUGUUCGCCGCCAAGUGCGCUGACGUCUUUCAAACUAUCAGCAAUGCAAUCUUGGACAUCAGCCUUAGCAAUGGCCAAGUUCCUAACAUGGACAACCUGACAAGGGAGCUUUUCGGUGCUAGUAAUGAAUAUCAGGAUAUUCUAGAUGAAAAUAAUGUUGACAUUUCGUGGGUGGACGAUAUAGUGUAA